GGCAAAGCUGUGUUGCUAAAAGGUGGGUAGUGUAGACAAAGCCUCUGAAAGCAGGGAAGUGUUGUGAAAGGUUGGAGAUUUUCCACUAGAAAUGCUCCAGGAGUAAAUGGGUUAAUAGUUUUCAUCUCAACUUUCAAAGCAAUCUUUGGAGUGUUCUGCCAAAAAAAGCAAUUUAUGCUCAUAGAGGAGAGGAAAAAGUCUUUUACUGAGAUCUGUGUGCGUAAGAGUGUUCUGCACACACAUUUCUUAACAGACAUAUCAAGGCACUUAACAGACUGUUUCCGUCAAAGCCACUGUGGGGCAGUCAAUGAGCCCGUUAAUGCAAGCUCCCUCCUAUAGCUCUCACUGCCCCAGAGCAAGACAAGACAAGAGUCUCAGCCAGACGCGAGUCUUUACGAACAACAGGACUGAAAUCCUCUCUCUCUGCUGCACUGGGGAAGGUCAGGAUAGCCAUGUCUAAAAGGAAGAUCUGCUGUCUUGUGCUGCUGGUCCUAGGGCUCCUGGCUAUUGCAGUUUCUGUCAUUGUAAUCCUGGCGCUGCCCAAGUGUGCUCCUGGAAGUUAUCUGCAUGCUGCGGUAGCAGCUGACACUGAAAUCUGUUCAAACAUUGGCAGGGACAUCCUACAACGUAAAGGUUCAGCUGUGGAUGCUGCUAUUGCUGCUCUGGUCUGCACGUCAGUUUUGAACCCCCAGAGUAUGGGUCUGGGAGGAGGUGUCAUCUUUACCAUCUAUAAUGCAACCACAGGAGAGGUUGUGGUGAUUAACGCUCGUGAAACAGCUCCAGAAAAUAUCAAACAAGACUUGUUAGAUCAAUGUACAGGCUCUCUCCAAGUAGGGAGCCAGUGGAUUGCAGUCCCGGGGGAGCUUCGUGGAUAUGAAGAAGCCCACAGGCGCUAUGGGCGGUUGCCAUGGAAAUCGCUAUUUGAACCAACCAUCAAGCUCCUUACACAUGGAAUCAGAUUGCCAAAAGUGCUAAGCAAAUUUCUCAGUUACCCGUUGUUACAGACCUUUUUGAAAAACUCAUCCUUGUGCAAUCUGUUCUUUGAGAAUGGUGGGGUCCUAAAACCUGAUGAAAUCAUCUUCUGGCCAGCCCUGCUGAAGACACUGAAGGUUGUAGCAGAGAAGGGAGCCAGAGAAUUUUAUGAGGGCAAGAUAGCACAGGAUUUGGUGAAGGACAUAAAGCAUGAAAAUGGCAGUCUGAUGCUGAGUGACCUCAAGAAUUUCAAGGCAAAAGUGAUGACACCCCUGAAUAUUUCUCUGGGUGGAUACACAAUGUAUUCCCCUCCAGCACCUGCUGGGGGUGCUGUUCUUCUCUUCAUCCUCAACGUUCUGAAAGAGUUUAAAUUCACGCCACAAUCCCUGACGUCGACCAAGGGGAAGAUUGAGACCUACCAUCGUAUUGCAGAGGCCCUGAAGUUUGGCAAUGGGCAAAAGCCAAAAUCGGAUGACCCGCAGUUCUCUGGCAUAGAGCAGGUGAUUUUUCAGGAACUGUUGUCCAACUCCUUUGCUGAAUUUGUCAGGAACCGUAUAGAUGACAGAGGUGACCAUCCAGACAGUUUUUACAAUCUCUCACAGCCAAGCAUCAUAGGCUUCGGCACCUCCCACGUCUCCGUCCUCGCUGAAGAUGGCAGUGCUGUGUCUGUCACCAGCACUAUCAACCAUCCGUUUGGCUCAAUGGUAUAUUCUCCAAACACUGGGAUCAUUUUAAAUAAUGAGCUCGUUGACUUCUGCAAGAAGAAGCCAAGAAACAAGAUCACUAGCGGAGAGAUACCCCCCUCUGCCAUGGUUCCUUCCAUUCUUAUCUCCAAAGAUGAUAACUCCAAGCUGGUGAUUGGAGGCUCAGGAGGGGACCUGAUUAUCAGCGCCACUGCCUUGGCAAUCAUGAACAAACUCUGGUUUGGCUAUGACCUGGAGCAUGCCAUCUCUCUGCCAGUUCUCCAUGCUUCCACAAACAACUCCAUCCAGUUCGAGCCAAAAUUUGAUGAGGAUGUUAAGCUGGGACUGCUGAGCAGAGGACACCAUGAAUCGAAACCCCUCUUUUUCCUGAAUGUUGUGCAGGGGAUUUCAAAGGAAGGAAGAUGCAUCUUUGCUUAUUCUGAUCAAAGGAAGAUGGGGAAGUCAUCUGGGUAUUAAGAAGAAGUGCUGUAGCAAACAUUUUAUUCUAACUAAAAAGAUUAUGAAAUAACUGGGUCCAGAGCACCAGCUAUCCUGGAAGCACCCCUGACAUCUCCUGUACCAGCUGGACUUCUUGAAGCCACCUAGCAGUGGGUGAGACUCAUAGUAACAACUGACCCUCCAAUAUAUGGCAAGCUACCUUCAAGCUGUUACAGGCACUAGUCAGCCAGUCUUGGCUAGAAUCAUACCCUCCAUUUAUUAUAUUGGCUAGCUGGGUCCAGAGAACAAUGGACCAGCACUUGUGUGAUAUAUAGAAAUAUAUUUUGUGAACAGAGCAGCUAUUUAGAAUAUGAAUCCAGAAAUCAGGAAUUUACCACGCAGUGGGAAUUUGGAAAGGGGAACCAGGCCCAGUGCCAGUGGGAGCUGCCCUCAGGGACCUGACUCUAUCUUCCCUAGAGUCUGAAGAUCCUCAGAUAGGAGUGGGAUUGGUUUCUUUCUGGCUUUGGAAACUCCCCCAUGUGUGAAUGUGCUUUCUGGCCGCACCAUUCACGUGAAAUAGGAAGUUAUCACAGAUGACUUUCUUUGCUCAGGUGUAUUUCAGCACCACCAAGUUGCACAGCAGAGCUGCAAGAUACAGCUUUGCUUGGACACACACUAAGGGAGUGAGUCUAACAACAUUUUGUCUAGCUCUUGCAAUCCCAGGACCCUUGCCUGGCCCACGGGUAUCAUUUGACAUUAGCAUUAGCACAGACCUGGUCUAUGUACUACAGCGUCUGUUGCGGCAGUCAGCUACUGUAGGAAUGAGGGCCACCUCUGUAGCAGCACUGAAGGUUUCUUAGGCCCUGCAUAAGAGGGAGUCCCUACAAAUGAGCCAUGCAAAGUGUGACUGUGCAUUAGGGUGGAUAAUGUGAAUUCUUUUCUCCUUUGGAAGGAACUGAUGACGUAUUAUUAUAGCUAAUCUUCCAGUCUUAUACCUCUCCCUUGGGGCGGGAAGCCCUAAGCCUUCACCAGAUUUCCUUGCUCAUCCUUAUCGAGACGUGUUCCAUAGUGAAGCAGAAGCCAGGCCCCUGGAUGAGUUGAAGUGAGGAUGCACAAGAGAAGGAAAUUAAUAUUGCUUCAAAACAGGAGUGACAUGGGUUCUGGGAGGACCCUUUAAAAUAAGGGUGCAGGUAAGAGUAGGGUAAUUCAGCAGGAUUUCUAUUACAUCUUCACAAAUAUGCAAAUGAGCCUUUCCUAACUGGAACUGUUACAGCGCCCACCAACGCAGGGAGACGUGAUGCGGCCUGUUCUAGAGUGGUGCUGUGCGCUCUGUGACUAUUUGACGCCUGUAUCCUUGGGAAGAAUUGUGCUCCACAAAAAACUACUUGCCCCUGAUUAACUACUGUGAGUGACCUAAGUUUUUCAGAGAAUUUGAGGAGAGGAGUGUAGGAACAUGUCAAAGAACAGUCAUAGCUAAUACACCUGUAGCAGGGGAGCAGCCUAGUGCUUGUUAAAUGGCAGACAUGAGCAGCCUUGGGGGUUAUCUGUGCCUCAUCCCUGCCACAAGUGUGAUUGGGCAUGCAGUCACAUUGUUUAUAUUUGUACACUGAUGGGCUUUAGAAAAAUUCAUAGGACCAAAGAUUCAGCAUGCCUCUAUAAAUUCACCUGCAGUCACUUACAUGUACAGAAACCCUUGUUUGCAUACAGGAAUUUGAGAAUAUUAUAUGCUUUUAAAGCUUUGCCUAUAACAGAUUUAUACUGGCUUUUUUUGCAUUAAUAGAUCCCUAUUCUGUUAACCCAUCUUAUGCAGAAAAGAAAACAGUUGCAUUCAUGUCAGACCUUAGUCUUUUUACUCCAGUCUCAUUAUCCCUCCGCCAUUUUUUUAAAACUCAUGCUUAUGUCUCCGCAAACCCUUCUCACUGUAAUCGUUUUGUCACAAAUGGCUGAGUACAUGCCUUUAAAAAAAAUUCUAUAUCUUAUGAAACCAGAUUGCUGGAUGCCUGCCUUUUCUACCCAUAAGCCCCUAUCAUGUAAAUAAAAUGCAAGCCACUUAGAAACCUAUUAACGUGGAGAAACAAAGUCAGCCUAUAGAUGUAUUUCAAUGCUGUUGAAAAUGAAACUUGCUACAGAGAGAGCUGUUUUCCUUCAGGAAUUGUACACCAAGAAACUGUCUUUAUGGCAUCAACCUCCAUGAGCAGCUACUGCUGCAUCAUACUGUUGGCUCAUACAGCAAUAUGGUUGCACUAGAACCACAACAGGAUCUUGAUGUUUUGUCUGGAAAACAAAUUUCUUUUUUCGUACUCUGACAAGUAUGUAAAGCAUGUGUUUUCCUGAAGCGGGGCUUACGUUUUAAAGUGCUUGCCUGAACAAGUAGUAAAUGUAAGUGUGGCAGAAUGGUACAGGAUAAAAGAACGUUGCUGCUUGGCGAACACUCAUUCUAUAGUAUGUAGAAUGAUAGGGGCCCUGCUUUUUCUUUAAGGUCACCUACAUACUUGUGACAGUCUGGUGCUUGCAGUUGUGAUUUAGCAGUCAAAUGACCUGAGUUGCAGGUAGACUGACAUCUCAGUGGUAGCACUGAUGACUACAAUUAGUUGCCACUCUGGGGUAAGUACAUAGGCCCAAAACAGUAAUUUCAAAAAUGGACCCAACUCUUCAAGAGCAGGCCCACUGACUGUAUUCCAGCAGAACUGUCAUGUAGAACCAUAAAACACUAGGCUGAUAAACUGAACAGAAGUAGCGCUAGAGCGGUCAUUACUUUUGGCUGGGUGAAUGUUGCUUAGUGUGUUUUAAAAAUGAGGAACUGGCUGGAAGGAGGCAGGAGCUAUUUUUGCUACCAUAUUACACCUCAAGCCUGACCCCAGCAUCACUCAGGUCUAGCCCUGGGCUUCUCCAGUGUUUGGCUCCCCCAGGCUGAUUGCUGCCAAGGGCAGGGGCCAGUUUAUCUGCACACUGCCACCUUCCAUAGACUUUACAUGACACUGUGAGCAGAGGAUAUGUUUCUAUUUUCCAGGUGAAGUUUGUUUUACAAAGCUAUAUUUUUAAUAAACUACUUUUACAAAUGG